AUGGUUCGUCAAGAGGUGCUGGUGCUCGACAUUGCAUCCGAUCCUUCGCUGGUGGCGCAGUACAUCGACCACCAUGCGCCGGGCAACGUUCCUCCCGCCGUGCUCGCCUCGAUCCGCAGCGCGGGCAUCCACAACAUGCGCAUCUUCAACUUUGCCGACCGCCUCGUGAUGCUCAUCGACGUCGAUGACGAUUUCGACUUUGCGAAAAAAGCCGCCUCGGACGGAGGCAAUCCCGAGGUCGAAAAGUGGGAGCGACUCAUGGAGAAGUUCCAACGCGAAAUCCCAGACCCACACGGAAAACAGACGGACAAAUGGAAACACACCCAACUCUGCUUCGACCUCUCCCAACACAAGUAA